AUUCGAGCAACAGAUGAAGGUGGUUUAGGUGUAUCAAGUUAUGCACCAAUUAGUAUCAGAGUUAUCGAUAUAAAUAAUAAUGCACCAAUACCAACGAAUUCACCUUGGAUAUUAAAUGAAAAUGAAAUAAAUCCAAGUACUACAGUAAUUUUUACUGAUUAUGAUGAUCCAACACAAAGUAAUACAAUACCAUUUCGUGUUGAAAUUUUAAAUUCAUCAGGUUUUACAUUAUCUGGUCCAACAUUAAAUUAUGAUGGAAGAUAUCAAUUAACAUAUAAUGGUAUUUUAAAUCGUACAAUAACAAAAAAUUUAACUGUUACAUUUAAUGCAAGUGAUAAUAAAGGUUAUUCAGCAAUAACAACAAUACCAAUUAUUGUUGGUGAUAUUUUAAAUACAUAUCCAAUAUCAAAUGGUUUUAAAACAAUAAAUAUACUUUAUGUUAAUGGUUAUAUAAAUUCAUUACGAAAUGUUCCCCUUGGUUCAAUUUAUGUUAAUGAUUUGGAUGAUUGGUUUCGUAUAAGUCGAACAUAUGCAAUUCGUAAUGUUGGUAAUGGACAAUUAUUUAGUACUUCACAAGGUUUUUUAAGUACACCUGAAGCACUUUAUCCAGGAUCAUAUAGAAUACAUGUUGAUGUAACUAAACCUAUAGCAUCAUCAACAGCUUUAAGUACAAUUGAUCUUUCAGUUACGAGUGUUGAUAGUGAAUUUGUUCGAGAAGCAGCAACAAUUCGUAUUCAAGGUGAAUAUCCUGAAACAUUAAUUGAUCCAUCACUUGGUAACCGUCUUAAUAUACUUCAUAAUGCACUUGCAUCAUUUUUACUUGUUACUACUGAUUCAAUUAUGAUACUUGCUAUACGUCCAGUUUAUCAAUAUCGUAGUUUAUAUUAUCCACCAUUACCAUUUAAUGAAGCUAAAAAACAAGCAUUAACUGAUGUUAUUUUUUAUGUACCAUCAUUAAAGAGAAAUGAUAUUGAAAAUACAUUAAAUAUGAAUCUUCCAUUAUUUUUAUCACGUUAUAAUAUAAUAGCAAAUGCCAGUGGACCAAAUCCAUGUACAAAUUAUAUUUGUCCAACAAAUACAAUUUGUCGAUCAACACGUACUAUUCAGCCAUUACCUUAUUCAAUUGAUACAAAUCAAACAUCAUUUGUUGGUAUAAAUGUUGUUGAUUCAGGUGAUUGUGUUAAUUCAACAUAUUCAACAAAUUUUAUGAAUACACAAUUUGGAUGUAUUACAUAUACAUUUAAUAAUUUAACAUAUUGUCCAUGUACAUCAUUACAAACAUAUGCACCACUUGGACCAUAUUGUCAAGUACUUGGUAGAACAUUUAAUGAAAGUGGUGGUGGUUAUGCUGUAUUUGAUGGAAGAACAUUUUCAAAUCGUGCACCAACACGUUUUUCAUUUGAUUUUUCUAUACGAUCAUCAAUAAUUGAUGGUUUAAUUUUAUUAUAUGGACGUAAUACAACACCAAUAAAUGAUUUUUUUUGGACAGCUAUUGAAAUUUAUCAAUCAAGAUUAAGAUUUCAUUUUCGUGAUACAAUACUUGAUGCAACAAAUACAGUACUUAAUGCAUCGACAUGGUAUCAUGUUGAAUAUCAAUAUGUUGAUUCAACAAUUCUUGUUUCAAUAAAUGAUUGUCAAUAUGUAACAACAGUUAAUGAUACAUUGAAUACAUAUGAUUUAUCAAAUGUUCAAUUAUAUCUCGGUGGUUUACCAGUAACUGGUUCAUUAAUGUCUGGUCUUUAUCCAUCAUUAACACAAGUAAAUACAUUUAGUGGUUGUAUAAGAAAUGUUUUAUCAAAUGGUUAUUAUCUUGAUAUGAGUAAAGCAUUAGUAUCAGUAAAUUCUUAUUAUGGUCAAAGUUCGUGCACAUUGACAAAUCCAUAUACAACACCACCAACAUCAAUAACAAUAACAACAACGAUAACAACGCCAAGACCAACAACAACGUCAACAACACCAAGACCAACAACAACGUCAACAACAUCAAGACCAACAACACCAAGACCAACAACAACGUCAACAACACCAAGAGCAACAACAACGCCAACAACACCAAGACCAACAACAACGUCAACAACACCAAGACCAACA